ACAAUUUUUUAAUGGAAAUAUUCUGACAUCUUUGCAGUACAACAACAGGCCAUUUACUCUCAUUUUUCCAAUAUUACCCCCGUCAUUACACACUCUCAACUGCCAAGAUUCUCUCCCCCUUUUCCUUGCACCGGCACCUCACAUUUCGCAUAUUUCUCUCCCUACAAACACCCGACGAUGAACUUCCAGAUCUAGUUGUAAAUAUUUUUUUCCUUCAAUUAGCACUCUGGCAGCACAAAGAAGGAAUUUUUUCCCCGUCAAAUCCUAUUGUCUGAGAGUUUUUUUCCCCGUCAAAUACGGACUCGUGUUAGGCGGUAGACGACGACGAACCUGCUUGCCGGAAUACAGCUUGUGAGCUCACAACAUGGACCCAUAUGUCCCCUCAACGGGUGGAAACGUAAAUUCGUCCACCUCCAACCCUUUUCCCAGCAUGACCCAACCAGUACCACCAACGCGCAAGCACGCCCAAUGGAAUCCACAUGAGAACCGGAUUUUCAUUGCCGCGUGCGAGACGGUGAUAGCCGACGGUCACCGUAACGGAAAGUGCUUCACGAAACACGGAUGGGACCAACUCAUCCGUUUGUUCAAUUCGAACUCCGGUCACUGUUGGACGAAGUAGCAGCUGAAGAAUCAUUGGGAUGGUCUUCGAACGAAACACAAACGUCUGAUGGAGCUUAUUCACAGUACUGGAGUGGAGUACAUCUCCAAAACGGGAUAUAUUGCUGCUUCCGACGACUGGUGGGAGAGAAAGAUAAAGGUACACUGCUUAAUAUGGUCAUUUUUUGCAUUUUACAAAUUGAAUUGCUUUCAAACUGGGAAACUCGUGCAAUGUCCUGCUAUUGAUUUUCUAUUCACUAUGGACCCUCCCCAGUCAGCAUCUUCAUAGUUCUCAGGAUCCUGAUAUUCAUUCUUUUUGCAUAAACUUGCCAAGGGAUUUUCUUAAAUUUUUAGGUUCAAUGAUUGGAAUUUAAUCAUGAAAAUGGUGCGAAAAAAGUAAAACUGUUAGAUCUUGAAGAAGGAGACAUGCUAUGCUGUCCUUAUGCGUGUUUGGCCCUCGUAAAUAUUGUCGUCUGUGUUCAAUAUAUAUCAGUAACCCAGAUCCAAGACUUUGGAGUAAUUAGGUGAGUUUCACUAGAAAUGUUGUGUAAUUAGGCUGUGUUUACAGUCAGAAAUCCUAAAUAUAUUGGCCCCAUACGGGAUAAAUAGCACAUUCAAGAGGGAAAAAAAGAGAAUCGAUCGCCUCAUAAGGUCAGGAAAAUAGCCAAUUUUAUUCUUAAGAUUCGACUGUAUACACAUGGGAUGACGUUUCUUUAUUAUAAAUCACCAACUUCUUGGGAAAUCUGUCUAGAAGCUUAAAUGACCAUUUCAUCUAAAAACAUGAAAAACUAUUGAUUUGUCUCCUCAUACUUGUAAUUUCAAUUUCAAGUGACUAUUGAAUGGCUUUGAGGCAUGGGGCUCUGUUUCUUCCAACACUCAAGGAAAAUAAGGACUACAAAGAAUUCAAAGGCAAAGACUGCAGGGAGGUGUACAGCCUCAAGGUGCUAUUCGAGGAUGCAUAUGACAACGAUAAGUAUGCAGUCACACCCUCAACAAUGUGCAGGACAGGCUUCUCCAUGUUCGAAGAUAGUGGACUCGAGGACCUACGCGACAGUCAACCGCUUGACGAGGAAGGCACCGGAUCAAGUGAUGAGAGCGAGAAAACAGAAUUGGCUGGAUCCAGUGCGGACAUGUCGAGGCCGCAAAGUGGGGAUAACCGUAGGUCUGGCGGCAAUAGCAAAAAAGGUAAGAGAGCAAAAAUGCCCGCCUCGGAUGUAUCGGACGCUGUUAACCGUGCUUCCACUGCCAGUGAAAAGGUAGCAGCUACAAUCAACAAUUUGCUGGGUCCUAAUGUUCCAGACGCGCAGACGCUCAUGAACGAGAUGUUGUCGACUGGCCGACUGCACAAGAAAACUGAUAUGUACUUCUGGACGUUGAGCUUCCUGUCACUGAGGCGUAAUAGGGAGAUAAUUGCAAUGCAGGAAGACGCGAACGACAAAGAGCUGGUUGGAGCACAGAAAGGCUCAUCCGAAGUGAAAUCUGCGGCACGGAAAAUUUUCCCCUUACAGCAGUUUUAUGUAGACAUUUUUAAUUGUGUGUUGUUUUUUCAUUUUCAUUUCGGCAUGUCUAUGUGAACAAAAAUGGGACUUUACUACUAAGUGAUCUCACGAAUCCACAACUGCAAUGAAAUAUUUCAUGUCACUUUCAAAAG